GCGGCAUGGUGAAAACUUGAUGUUCACAAUUAUUUUGAUGUUGGUACCUAAGAAGAUCUAAAAGUUUGCAAUAAUAAAUAAUUUUAUAAUAUUAAAAUAAAAAAUAUUUAGAAGAAUUAAAUAAUGGGUUCAAGAAUUAUAACACUAGAAGCCUUAACGUUCCAAAAGAUCUUUAAAAAUUUUUACAAAUCAAGCAUUCCACAGAUUAUGUUGUGUAGGACACAUACCUUUACAUUCUCUGGCCUUUGGUUUUUAUGGCCUACAAAUGCAAACAAAAAUAGUUCAAAUGUAAAGGAAAUUAAUUUAAUUCCAUCCAUAACAGAAAUGGCUGACAAAACAUUUGAGAUGGGUAAAUACGAGGAAAGUUACAAUUUACUCAUAAAAUAUAAGAUUCAAAAUGAUGUAGAAAUAAAGUGGAGGAUAUGCCGUGCUCUGUACAAUAUGGCAAAAGAUCCAAAAUACAACAAAAAAAUUAAAAAUGAAUUAAUUUCUCAAGCUUAUGACAUUAUAGUUGAGGAAGUUCAAACUAACUCAAAUAAUUAUGCUAUUCAAAAAUGGUAUGCUUUAAUAUUGGAUGCUAGAAGCUCUAAUGAAGGUAUCCAAACAAAAAUAGAAGAAUUAGAGAAUGUCAAGAGACACAUGGAUCUAGCUGUUAAAUUAAAUCCAAGUGAUGCUGGUCUUUUACAUAUGCUAGGUGAAUGGUGUUACCAGAUAACAGAAUUGCCAUGGCAUCAAAGAAAAACCGCUGAUGCUAUUUUUGCUAAGCUACCCCAUUCUACGUAUGAAGAUGCACUUCAGUAUUAUUUAAAAGCGGAGGAAGCACAGCCAAGAUUUUACAGUAUUAAUCUUCUCAGAAUUGGUCGUUGUUACCUUAAGCUUAAAAAAGAAGAUCAGGCAAAAUAUUAUCUCAAAUUAGCUGCAAGUUACCCUGCAAAAUCUGAUGAUGAUCAUCGAGCAAAUAAAGAAGCGACAGAGUUGUUAAAAAAAUUAAAAUAAUGAUUAAAUAUUUGCUUAAAGUAUGACAUACAUUCCAGAAGUGGAUAUACAAGGGGAAGUAAGGUUAUUAUUAUAAAUGUUCAUUGUUUGAAUGAUUGAUUGAUUCAACUGUAACAUCCCACUGCUGGGCAUGGGCCUCUUUCUCACCCUCUUUCUGCCUUCACCCCCUUUUUUCUCGCCCUAUUUCUUUGAGCUGUUUGCAAUAAAAUUGUUAGUUUUA